AUGAGUAAAUCAGUUACGGAUAACAUUUCAUUUUUGAUAUUACUAGAGUCAUCACAAAGAUCUCAACGACGAGCACUUCUUUCUACGAUCAGUGACAAUCAGCUUAAAGCUUUGAGUGAACUAGCAUUGAAUAUUUUACACGGAACCUUACCAAUUACUUCUCAUUCCAAGAAAACUCUCCAACGGAAUAAAAACUUUGUUAGGUUAUUAUCUGCAAAAUCUCAAGCAAAGAAAUUUGGAAUACAUAUAAAUGGACUUUACGUAGAACUUUUAGAAGAUGAAAAUGAUAACAUGAAAAUAACACUUAGAGAUAUUCCUAUACAAGUGAAUGAUGAAGUGAUAAAUGCAUAUAUAGCGCAAUUUGCCAAGGUGACAGGAAAUAUCUAUCAUGGAUAUGUUAAAAAUACCAGUGGUGAAAGGACUCGAAUAAAAGAUGGAGUGCGUUUUAUUCAUGUGACUGAGAUCAUGAGACCAAUUCCUAACAAUCCAACUAUUGCUGGUUUCAUGGGUCGACUCAGCUACAGAGGACAACCAUGUGGAAUUUGUAACGAGGUCGGACAUCCGGACUAUAGAUGUGACAAGCGUAGAAAACCAGUAUGUUUUAACUGUCAGCAGCCUGGGCAUUUUGCCAAGACGUGCACCUUAGAACCAGUCUGUCACAAAUGCAAAGGUCAAGGUCACCGAGGGAAUGACUGUCCUGCACCUUUGAAUGCCUCAAAAACAAUCAUGACAGAAGAUGAGCAGAAAAAUACCAAAGCGAGUGAUAAAAGCAUUAAGUCAAGUGACAGCCCACAAAUAGAUACAAUAAUAACUGGUUGCUCUAUAGCAAAGGGUAUAUAUACUUCAAUGAAAAGAGAAGGUGUCAGUGAGAAAACCAAAAGUGGUGCUGGAAUCGAAGAUAUAGAUAUUCUAAUGAAAAGAGACAAAAUCGAUAAUCAGUGCCUAGAAAAGAUCAUAAUACAAGCAGGAACAAAAAACCUGGUAUAUGAUAAUGAGAGGGUUGAGUCAUGUCUUGUGAAAUAUGAAUCUUGUGUCAAGUCACUACACUUACAACACCCCCAGGCUUCAAUUGUCAUUAGCAGCAUAACCCCUGUACACCCAUAUGAUAAAAAGAUACAAGGAAAGAUUGAUACUAUGAAUAAGCAGUUGAAUAUGAUGUGUAGACGAGAAGAUUUCCUUGUGUUUGUAAAUAACGAUGCAAUGCUGCUAAGCAACCAAGGAAAAACAUCCAAAAGUGACUUUAAAGAAAAUGAUGUGAAAGGGGUGCACCUUAGUCCACAUGGAUAUAAUAAGGUAGCUAACCACAUCAACUCAGUGGCAACUCCAAGGAACAAGAGGAAAACUAGAGGUUCUGAUGGAUCAACGCCAGGAACAAUUGAAAAUGAACCAAAGAAGGCACUAUAUAGUAACAUUGUGGAAGAAAAUGAAUGA